AUGUCAACAGCAGUAGGUAAAACUCAAUGUGUUAUAUGUGGUAAACAAAGGAGUGCAGUUCGAUGUGAAGGCUGCUUACAAAUAUUUUGUUAUAAUCAUUUGAAUGAUCAUCGUCAACAAUUAAAUCAAGAAUUAGAUGAAAUUGAAGUGAAUCGGGAUCUAGUUCGAGAAGCACUCACUCAACAAACACUUGAUUCAGAACAGAGUUUAGCAGUAAAACAAAUCGACGAAUGGGAACAAACUUCCAUGAAAAAAAUUCAAGAAGCUGCACAAGCUUAUAGAACACAAUUACUUCAAUAUUCAACGGAACGUAUUACUGCACUAGAAGUUAAGCUAACCAAACUAACAGAUGCAUUAAAACAAAUCCGUCAAGAAGAUGAUGUUAAUGAAAUAGAUUUAAAUCAAUUUAAAGAACAGUUAACAAAUUUGAGAGAAGAACUUGACAAACCAUUGUCUAUCUCAAUUGAACAAGAGUCAGCAACACUUGUAGACAAAAUUUCAGUCACUAUUUCUUCUGGUGAGUAUACAAAUAGACCUUUAUUUGAUACGAAAAGUGACGACUCGUUAGAACAAGUACCUAAAAAACAAGAUGCAAAAAAUGAGUUGUUCCAGAAUGAAAUAGAAUCUCUUGAACAAGAUACAAAUAAACAAGCUUAUACAGUUUUAGAAACAUUGUUAACUGAAGCGGAAAAUCGUUGUCUUCACUAUCAAAAUAAGGAAAUUGAAAUUACACAACAAUUAACUGUUUAUAAAAGCUUUGUUAAUGAACUACAACAUGAAAUUCAAGAUUUAACAGAACGAUUAGCAGCUGGCGCCGAGGAAUAUAAAGUUCUAUAUCGUAAAUAUACUACACUUGAAUGUGGGAUAAACAAGAAUGAUGAAGCCGAAGUUGGAAAACCAGAAACAACAUCACUUACUGAUGAUACUGUUGAAGUCGAUGCAUGCCCGAUGUGUUAUUGGGAGUUUCCUGAAAAUAUGACUCUGGAUGCAAAGAAAUUACAUAUCGAUCAUCACUUUGCAUAA